AUGGUACCCGUACCUCCUCCAGAUAAUGUCAUGCCUACCAAACUCAAAGCGACCGUCCCAAUAAGUGUCAACGACUUCGUGGUCCUCCCUCUAACACUUCCGACCACACCAUCUUACCCGGUCGAUGCAAAGCACUAUCUCUACCUCCGACUCAAUGCGCCAAAGCUGCCAACAGAUAGCACACCACGAGAAGUCUUCUGCGUAAAUGUGCCUUUCGACGCGACAGCUGCGACUCUGAAGGUGCUCUUUUCGCAACAGCUUGGUGGUGGAAGGCUGGAAGAAGUGAGGUUCGAGGGUGGUAUCAGAACCAGCAAAGGCAUCGCUGCGCCUCUUACGCAAAGUAGAGGGAAGAAGCGGAAGCGUGGGCUGGAGUUCGAGGGAGGUGGAGAGGCCGAAGUGGUGGAGGUCGGACAACUACCGCAAGUAUGGGAUCGAGAACUUCAUCCGGGUGGGAGCACGGCGGUAGUGAGAUUUGUGGACAAAGAGAGCGCUGAACUCGCUUUACGAGCUGCGAAACAAGCGGUCAAGAGUGGGAGGACCAUCAUGUGGGACACACCUGCUUCUGCAGGAGACGAAGACGCAAGACCACUAGGCUCAGCACGCUACCUUGCACACCACACAUUGCGCUACCCAGACCCAGCAACCCUACAAGAGAGCGUAGAUACCUUCAUCUCAGCCUUCAACGCCCAGGAUGACGCGCGGAAUAAGGAGCUCGCUCGUCUCAGAGCAGUGCCAGACGAGGACGGUUUCGUCACAGUGACGAGGGGAGCGAAGCAGAAGCCGGCAGAACUUGUUGCUGAGGAGGCUGCGGAGCGGGAGCGACAGAAGAAGAAGAGGGAGAGGAAGCAGGUUGGUGAGGACUUUUAUAGAUUUCAGAACCGGGAGAAGAGGAAGGAGGAGCAGAGGGGGUUGGUGAGGGGAUUUGAGGAGGAUGGGAGGAGGUUGGAGGAGCUGCGGGCCAGGAGGGGGAGGAUGAGGGUGGAGUGA